AUGCUGCGUAUGAGCCUUAAGCUCGAGAUCCUGAUUCAUAGUUGUGGUCCCGAAGUCUAUUCCGCGUUUGGGGAUACCAUCUUUAAGGACGGUCUGCUUCCUAGUACCUCGUGCUUCGGGGCCACGUGGAACCCGGAUCUCAUGCAACAGCUUGGUGAAGCCCUCGGCAGCCAGGCUAGGGCCAAGGAUGUCGCUACUAUAAUGGGUCCUGGCCGCCAGGGGAUCGGCGCCUGCGCGAAACAUUUCGUGGGGAACGACGCAGAAGAUUACAGAAGGUUGUACAAUGUCGUAGACCCCACACGAGGUAAGGCACUGCGAGAGCUGUACCUUGCGGCAUUCCAGGAGGUACUCGCGCAUUCUAAUCCCGUGGCUAUCAUGACUUCAUAUAACCAGGUAGAGGGCUAUUAUACCUCGGAAACACCUAUGAUUGCGGAUAUCAUACGUGGGGAGUGGAAAUACGACGGGGCCGUCCAAUCGGAUUGGUUUGGGACCGUCUCCACCGUUCCAUCAAUUCUAGCGGGGCAGGAUCUUGAAAUGCCUGGUCCCUCUAUCUUCCGUGGCACUCAUCUCCUUACAGCUGUCGAAAAAGGCCUCGUACCCCAAGAGGAAAUUGAUAAGAGGGCCACAAAAAUGCUAGAGUGGAUUAACAAAGUGACUAGCCCAAGCCUACACGCCCCUCUACAGGAUGAAGCUUCAGUGGCCAUCGCAAGGCAGGCUGCAGUUGAAGGCAUUGUUCUCCUGAAGAACGAGAAAAACACGCUGCCUUUAUCUCCGACCAGGACUCCAAAGCUUGCUGUUAUAGGGUUACCUGCCGUUGACCCUCCCGUGGGUGGUGGUGGUAGCUCUUUAGCGCCUCCUCAAUACGUUCGAAAUGCGUUAGAUGCAAUCAGGGUUCUCCACGGCGAUGUUGCAUUAGUGCAAUAUGCUCCAGGUGUUCGAUGCACUAAGCUUAUGCCCUUGAUGGAGUCGGAGUUAAUUUCGAUUCAAGGCCGUCUCAAGCCUGGGCUUGACGAGAUUGGAGGCUUUCGCUACGAAAUUAGCACUACCCUUAUUCCCCAGUCCUCGGGAGAGCAUAAUGAGCCAAGCCCCCACUUCACCGACCUUUGCUUUGCCUACGAAGAUACUGAUGAAGAAUCUAUCGUGGCCGCGGCAUCCGUCGCGAGAGAAUGCGAUGUAACGAUUGUGUUUGCUGGAAGGGGGCCAGAGCAUGAAGGCGAAGGAUCUGAUAUGGAGGAUAUCAACCUCCCUGGUAGACAAACCGAGCUGAUCAAGGCGGUUUCAGCCGAGAGCAAGAAAACCAUCCUAGUACUUCACAGCGGCGGCCCACUCGACAUUUCACCCUUCGUCGACUCCGUUGAUUCUAUCAUACAUGCGCAUUACCUUGGGCAGGAAGGAGGAUUGGCGCUCGCGGAUAUCAUUUACGGCCAGGUUAGCCCUAGCGGUAAGCUGUCUACGACUUGGCCGAUAAGUUUAGAUGAGGUCAACACAACCGAUAACUUCCCAGCUUCUAUUGACCGAGACGGCAAAGCAACUAUUAUCCUAGAAGAGGGUAUUGAAGUUGGCUAUCGACGUAAGACUGACGGCGUGCGGCCCCGCUACACUUUUGGCUUUGGGUUAUCCUACACUCAGUUCGGAUACUCGGAUGUUACUAUUGAGCCCCAGCAGCUGAACGAUGUGAACGAAAACACAGAAAUAACUGUGACUGUUAAAGUCACUAAUCUAGGACUCACAGCCGGUGCGGAUGUUGUUCAGGUAUAUAUACAACCUGAUAACAGUGGAAUUGGGGAAUCAAAAGUCCUCCGUGGAUUCUCUAAAGUUUUCCUUCAGCCUACCGCUUCAUCAACGCAGACUAUUAAAAUGAACGCCCGCCGAGCACUUAGCCGCUGGGACCCGAGCUCUGAAACUUGGCGUCUACGCAAAGGGUUACAUACAGUCACUAUUGGACUCGCCGGAGUUUUAGAGGGUUCUAUAACAACGGAAAGCGAGGUUGAGUGGCUUGGCCUUUAA